AUGGCAGAGUUUAGGAAGCUGACAGUGCAGUUCGACAGCCCGAGCGGGGCCCGAAUAGCUGACCCUCCGGGCUAUGACCCUGCCGCCGCGCGGGAGCAGGGCGACGGCAGCGGCGGCGGCCGCGCUAAGCUGCCGCUGACGAAGCGGCAGGAGGCGCUGCAGGCGCAGGCAUUUGCCCCCCUGAAGCAGGUGGCCAUGCUGUGCUUCAUGAUGUGGAUGUCGGGCUCCACCCUGCACCUCUUCUCCAUCAUGACCACCCUGUCGGGCAUCUACCAGCCGCUGUCGGCCAUCCUCAAGUCUAAGGACGCGUUCCCGGCAGACCCAGAGGGCGAGCUCAACACUGUGGUGCCGCGCAUCACCUUCUGCCUGGUGCACAGCCUGGGCAUCCUGUUUGCGGUGUGGAAGAUCAAUGGCAUGGGCCUGCUGCCCACCCAUCUGUCCGACUGGGUCUCCUCCAUGCGCCCGCCCACCGUGCUGGAGCAUGCCGUUGGCAGCCUGCUGCGGCAGCAGUGA